AAAAAAAACAACCUUGGAAGCUCGGCAGCUGCUGUUAGGACAACUUUUUUAACCGUCUAAGAUAAGAGUUGCUUGGUAACGUAACGAUAAUUAUGCCAUAAUGAUAACGAAAAAGUCCCAUGGUUUAAUGAUGUGGCGAAUAUUAAGCUCCAUCUCACGAGGUGUGCGAAAUGUGAGGCCAAGUCAGUGUUAUUCACAGGAGUGUGUGGAUGAGAAACAUGACAGCAAAGACGCACAGCCAGAUACAUAUACUCUCACAUAUUUCUCACCAUGGCAGUACAAGGACACAUACAAGUCUGUAUCCAGUAAAGACAAUGGACAGACACUGUCCAUUAGAACCUUGGAAACUGGAAAGUAUAACUGGGCUUCUAAAUUACCAAAAAUAUUCAAUGAUAUUCAAGAGAAAGAAGACAAGAGGAGUGGAUGUGGCAGCAGAGAGGAGUUCCAAGUCAGUUGUAAGAAUUGCCCUCCAUGGCACUGGGAAAUCCUCCUCAACCAAUCUUCAGUCAAGCCUUGUAGUGAGAGUGAGAGAAGGGAAGACAAACGAAAUCACUCAGAGGACCGGUAUGGAACACGAUCUUGGGAACAAAGAGAGCAGUUUCUCUUAAAACAUUCAAUUCUGCAGGCACUGAGAUGGGGCUCUGCAGUUGCACUGACAUGGUCUUUGUACCAUGACUGGGGCAGUCAACGAUGCAAGAAUCCCCUCUACAAACAUAAGACACAAGAGCAGCUGUACUCAAGUAACAAGACACAAACAAUAAAAUCAUUGUAUAAUGAAGCAGAUCACAAAGAAAGUGGCAACAAGAACUGCAGUAGUGAAGAGCGUUCACACAGCAAGGACAACAUGUGCAAUCGCUGCACGCAACAUGAAAGUCAUCGACCAGAUGUUGAGCCUGUAUAUAAUAGUCUUGUGGGAAGCCAUUCUCCUUUUAGUUUCCUCUGGAACAUUAUUUCAAAUCAAAAUAAAUUAACAAAUCAAAUAUUUACUAAGUCAGCAUUAAAGGACAAGCCCCCAGACAGCAUAUUAAAUGAUAUUGUUAUCCCAGAUAUUCAUUCGCAAGUCCAAAAUUUCCAAGGUCACAGUACCAGUGAAGAGUCACUGACACAAAUAUGCGAAAUUGUAACUGCAUCUUCAGUACCAACAGAAACUCAGUUUAUGCAAUAUACUCAUCCCAUACAAAGUGAAGACUUACAUUUUGAGGAUUCUGAAGGCUGCUUGGCCUCUGAGUUGCUUGAAAAGUCACAGGCCUCAAAUCUUGAACAAGAAUAUUCCCAAAACAGCCAUGUCAAUAAACAAAAUAUCCUUCCUGAUAAUAACAAGGAUAAGGGAAACUUGGAUAUAGGAUGUACAAAGGCCAUCAAAGAAACUAGAGAGCAAAACUGGGAAUCUAUCUCAGUUUCUGCCAAGCCUUUAAAAUGCUCUUUGAAAAACGAGAUGAAACUACAAGACUUAAUAUAUGGGGAGAGUGAGCUGUCUGCUGGAGCAGGUGGUUCAUCUGAGCAUCCUCACCAAAAUAUUGGCAUUACAGAAUUCAAUGACAGUUUCAUGGAGAUCUUGAGUGCUGGCAGUCAAGACAUUAAGGCCAUACAGGACAAGCUGCUGGGAGUCCUGGAGAGCGACGUGGGCUACAGCAUCGUCGACGUGGAAACAGAGUCGGCCGUGAUGUCCUUCCGGGCUGGGUCCCUGCUGGGUGAUCCCUCGGCCAUGUUCAACCUGGCCCUCUGCUACCACCUUGGCCAUGGUGUAAACCAGGAUUUGAAAAUGGCCCGUGAGCUGUAUGAGGCAGCCAGUGUAGCUGGACACGCGUGGGCUACGUACAACUUGGCUGUUCUUGUGAGCCAGGGACAAGGAGGAUCUUCUGACUUAAAAUGUACUUACAAUCUUCUUAUCAAGGCUGGAGAGAUGGGUGUUCGUGAAGCUCAGGAAGCUCUCAAGCUGUUAGAACAGAAGAGGAAUUGUGUUCGGAAAGAAGAUCCAUUAAAGUUUUCGAAGUCGGAACCUUCCCUCACAUCCAGGUCAUCUGGAAUGUGGUCCUCGUAUUCCACCAGCGAUCUCGAGUUCAUGGAUGAAUCCGAUAUUUCAGUGUCCAUGGAGGUUUUGGCAGAUCUUAAUGCAUCCCAGAAGACAUCAAAAUCAUUUUAUCUUGGAUUGUAAUUGAAAAUCAUGUUUUUUACUGUAGAAUAAUGAAAAUUUUGUGUGUAUUAAGAGCAGAAUCAAGACAGCAUAGUUGUAGGUCACAAUGCUGACAGGUAUGUGGAGAAAAUACAGAAAUGGUGCUCCUUGACUUACAAUGGUCUUACGUUCUGACAAACCCAUGAUAAGUCGAAAAUAUUGCAAGUCAUAUAUGAAUUUUUGCUAAAUAAAUAAGUAAAUAACUACUGUCAGUGAAUAAGUAAAUAAACAAAUAAUUACCAUAACUAACUAAAUACUACUGGUAUUGAAAAAUAAAUGCACAGAAGCUAUGGACUUGCCACCUUCAUACUGGGUAAUUGUCUUAAGUUUCAUCUCCAAAUUGCUUUUGCACCAUCGUAAAGUCGAAAUAUUGCAAGUCGAACCAUCUUGAGUCUAGGACCACCUGUAUUUUCCUUUAACUGGAACUUUUCAAGGUGAACUCUGGUAUUAAAUACCAAUAAUUACUUAAGAUGUGUGUUGUACUUAGAUAUUCAUUGAGGAGACAUUUUUGAUAGUGGGGAUUCUUCAGUUCACUUGGAUAAAAAUAAAGUUCCAUAACUCCUCAUUAAAUGUAGUAUCCCGGUGCUUAAUAAUAAUAAUAACAAUCUUUAUUUCUACAAGUACAUGAUACAACUUAUACAGACCAUAGCUGACAUCAAUGACAUACUACAUAGAAAGCCCCUGGAUAUGCAGAGCAUUUUGGGCAACUUAGGUUUAGUUUUGUCCCCCAGGAUGUGACCUACAGGCAGGCUCUGCUUUACAGCGUUUUGCUAAUUCAGCAGUUUUCAAUUAUACCCAUUCUUCAUUUAUUCAGACUUCCUGUAACAAAUAUAUUUACCACUCGCUAUAAGCUAAGGAUGAAAAUAUUUUAUGGUAAGUAAUGUGUGUACUGUAUAUGCAGUUUUUAGGCCUAGCUCUAUUCCUCACUUGAUAUAUGAUAGUAUAAACAUGUUAUCAGGCUUUUAUAUGCAUUUGAAAAUGAAAAAAGGGUAUACAGUGGAACCCCGAAUGUCGGCUGCUGCGUUUAUUGACCGAAUCGUAUUUAGGCUGGUUUUUGGGUCGAAAUUUUCCUCCAUAUUUCAGCCGGUGCCUCGCAAGUUGGCUGUAUUAGACGUGUCAGCUCACCUCCCGCCAGGACGCCACGUGUAGGUGAGCCAGUCUCCCUGUGUCUCUCGGAGAAUGAGCAUAUUCUCUGCGCAUUCAUCCAAACAUUUCCUUAAAAUCCAUUGGUUUUUGUGCUUGUUUAUUAAGUGCGUGUGCUCCAGCUUGCCAGGAUGUAUGGCAAAAACAAUUCAACAAUCACUUCUAUCUUGGCAAAGAAAGAACAAAUCAAGGAAGCUGAUGUGGUGGAAGGUGUAAACAUGUUAAUGAAAAAGAGAUCACAAACAAUGGAAGAUGUGGAGAGAGGCAGGGAAUGUAACAGGCAGGCAGGGAGUGUAGCAGGGAAACAGGGAGUGAGGAAGGGAGGCAGGGAGUGUAGCAGGCAGGCAGGGAGUGUAGCAGGCAUGCAGGAAGUGAAGCAGGCAUGCAGGGAGUGUAGCAGGGAAACAGGGAGUGUGGAAGGGAGGCAGGAAGUGUAGCAAGCAGGCAGGGAGGAAAGUAACCCAGAGAGGGCUUUGAUACCUGAAGUUCUUAUGGAAGGGGGUUCCCCUUCCAAACAAUAAUCAGUCCUCCCUCUCUCCUCCUCCCUGUCUUCCAUAAGCCAACAAGAGUCUUGAAUAAAGGUAUGUAAUAGUGACUUAAAUGUUCAUUUAUUUAUUUUAUUUAGUUCUCAUUGUUUUGUGUAUGUAAAACUAUAAUCUUUAAAAAAUUGAUUUUUUGUUAAUUAUUUGGGUGUCUGGAACGGAUUAAUUUUAUUUACAUUAAUUCUUAUGGGAAAUAUUGCUUUGAAUUUAGGUCUUUUUGAAUUUAGGCCGACCUUCUGGAACGGAUUACAGUCAAUAUUCGGGGUUCCACUGCAUUUCACUUUACAGCGAUUUUCACUUUACAGUAAAAGCCCAGAACCUAAAUUGCUUAAUUAAGUUGGGCCUUCCUGUACUUAUUGCUAGGUAACACCCAGGUACCUACAAAGUGCUUCAGCUAUGAGGGUAGUAUGUUCACCCCAUGUAGAGUGGGUUGGUAGUUUGGACCUGCAUAACUUGCUGUGCUCAUAAAGGAGGGCCCCAUUUUUAUGGCUGUUAGGUUCCUGAUCCUCAACGAUAAGCAAAAAUUGCCGGCAAGUGGAAAAGAGCAUUUUUUCAAUAUCAGCUCUGUCUAAAAUGCCUAAUAAUGUGUUUACACUCUCAUAUAUUAAGUGCUCAAUACAGCUAAGCAUAAAAAAAAAGAUACAAAGUAAAUUAAAUACACAGUACAUGCAAUACUUACCUUUAAAUAUGGUGCUGGCUGCCCUUCCCUUAUGCAACUGUUGUGAGUAAACAGAGAAGAAGCACUGAAAAUAAUGUGCAGUGACUUAAUUGAAAACUGCUAAAAUAGCAGAACACCAAAAAAAAGGGAGGCAGAAAUGUGGGGCCCUCCUGUAUUGGUCUGGUACAUGGAGGGACAUUCUCCAAGGCUGUACACAGAUGCAGUGGUCGCUCAAUUAUCUAGUCUAAAGGGAAGACUGGUGUGGAUGGGUAAUUAAAAUUUUAGAUAAUAAGGAUAAUAAAAAUAGCGAUAGGUGAUGUCAUCAUGGCUAUUCAAUAUAUUUAUAGAUGAGGUUGUAAGAGAAGUGAAUGCUUGGGUAUUAGCAAGAGGUGUGGGGUUAAAAGAUAAAGAAUCUAACACAAAUUUGGAGUUGUCACAGUUGCUCUUUGCUGAUGACACUGCACUUUUUGGAGAUUUUGAAGAGAAGUUGCAGAGGUUGGUGAAUGAGUUUGGUAGGGUAUGUAAAAGAAGGAAAUUAAAAGUGAAUACAGCCUCUUCUCACUUAAUGAGUUCUGUUCCUAAGACUAUGUCAGUAAACGAAUUUGUUGCUAAGUGAGGAACAUGCUAUGAUGGUAGUGGGUUUGUGUCAGCCAUCUUUGAUAUUAUUUUAAUGCCACCUUUGAUCAUUUAUAACAUUUCUGGUAUAUUUUUAAAUGUUUAUACAGUAGAGUAUAGUACAUAUAUUGUAAUAAACAGAAUAGAGGAAAUCAGCUCUUGGUAUACAUACUGGUCAGAGAGCCUGUUGUAAGUCCAAAUCGUCGGUAAACGAGUAUGUCGCUAAGUGAGGAGAGGCUGUAUGGGAAGAGUAAGGUGAUGAGGAUAGCAAAAAACUUUAGGUAAUGACAGAUUGGAGGGAGAGAGUAUGGAGGAGAUGAAUGUAUUCAAAUAUUUAGGAGUGGAUGUAUCAGCAGAUGGGUCUAUGAAAGAUUAGGUGAAUCAUAGAAUUGAUCAGGGGAAAAAGGUGAGUGGUGCACUGAGGAGUCUGUGGAGACAAAGAUCAUUAUCCAUGAAAGCAAAGAGGGGAAUGUAUGCUAGUAUAGUUUUAACAACACUGUUAUAUGGGUGUGAAGCAUGGGUGGUGAAUGUUGCAACAAAGAGAAGGCUGGAGGCAGUGGAGAUGUCAUGUCUGAGGGCAUUGUGUGGUGUGAAUAUAAUGUAGAGAAUCAGUAGUUUGGAAAUUAGGAAGAGGAUUACCACAAACUAUUAUCCAGAGGGCUGAGGAGGGGUUGUUGAGGUGGUUUGGACAUGUAGAGAAGCUGGAAUGAAUUAAAUUGACUUGGAGAGCAUGUAAAUCUGUAGUAGAAGAAAGGCUGGGUAGGGGUCAACCUAGGAAAGGUUGAAGGGAGGGGGUAAAUCAGGUUUUGUGUGCGAGGGGCUUAGACUUCCAGCAAGCAUGCAUGAGCGUGUUGGAUAGGAGCGAGUGGAGACAAGUGGUUUUUAGGACUUGAUGUGCUGUUGGAGUGUGAACAAGGUGACAUUUAUGAAAGGUUUCAGGGAAACCAGCAGGGUGGACUUGAGUCCAGGAGGUGGGAAAUACAGUGCUUGCACUCUGAAGAAGGGGUGUUCAUGUUACAGUUUUAUAACUUUAGUGUAAGCAAGGCAAGACAGUGAUGGAGUGAAUGACGAUGAAAGUUUUUUUUUUAUUUUUUUCAGGCCACUCUGUCUUGGUGAGAAACAGCUGAUGUGUUAAAAAGAAAAAAAGGAUAAUCAGGCCAAGAGGUAGUGCCCUGAUUCUGGGAACAGGUUUAUAAUCCAGAUUAUUAUUACACUAAUACAGUACAAUUUUUAUUUCUUUAUGCUGGACAAUAAUGUUAUAUACAUGUAGUAUAUAGAGCCUCUCCUCACUUGGCGGCAUACUCAUUUACCGACGACUCGGACUUACGACAGGCUCUCUUGACCAAUAUGCAUACCUAAAUAAUAUAUAUUAAGACUUAUGAUGGGCUCUCUGACCAGUAUGCAUAAAUAACGUAUUAGAGCUGAUUUCCUCUAUUCUUUUUAUUACAGUAUACAGUGCACUACUGUAUAAGCAUUUAAAAUACCAGAAAUGUCAUAAAUGGUGCAAAGGUGACAUUAAGGCAAUAUCAAAGAUGACUGACACAAACCCACUGCCAUUAUAGUAUGCUCCUCACUUAGCGACGAAUUCGUUUACCGACAUGGUCUUAGGAACAGAACUCCAUCGUUAAGUGAAGAGAGGCUGUAUACAGUACACUACUGUAUAAACAUUUAACCUUUAAACGGUCCAAACGUAUAUAUAUAUUCACUCGCGCAGCGCCCCGAAUAUUUUGAAAAAAAACUAUUUUUUUUUUAUAGAAAAAAAGAGCACAUUUUUUAAAAUGUUUUAGAAUAAAAAAAAAUAGGGUCAGUACUUACAGUGAUAUGAGGCAGAGAAGUUGGCACUGGAUGCUCAUGUGACGGCAACAUGGAGUCCUGCCACUUGCAGAAGUGUUGCCGAUUUACCUUUCUUCUAUUUUUUGUAUUAUUUUAUAUAAUUUUUAUGUUCUGAUAAUUACAAUUUAUAGUAGUUCUUAUCAUUUCAUAACCAAUCUUUGUUCUGACACUAGUAUUAGGUACUGAAAUUGUACUCAAAUUGUCAUGAGUACAUUGACAGGUGGACAUUUACACCUGCUUUGAUCAUUUAUUAUUGUCUUGGAAUAUAUACAAAGUAUUUAUAGGUCGCAGCAAUGUUUUGGAUAUGUGGAAGUAUAUAAUAAUAAUAAUGAGGAGAAGGAGGAAGAGGAGAACGAGGAAGAGGAGAAGGAGGAAGAGGAGAAGGAGGAAGAG